AGACGCGCGAAGCCAAUCGGCAUGCUAUGGGCCCGGUUUUUCUUCGCUUCUUGGGCGACGCCCGGAUCGGCCCCAGAGCGUCGGGGCUGGCUUUCGGAGGGGGGUUUCGGAAAUUUGCUAAAAUUCGUCACGUCUUCCAGGCGCCCGCCAUAUCUCGCGGCCGGCCUAACGGUACCCCCGGCAGCAUGGCGGCCCCAGAAAAAGCAAAGCCGUGGCCAGGGCGAUGGUCGUCAAGAAAACGCCGACGACCUCACUACCCCCGCCCCGGCGGCUAUGUUUGGCACUCUGGUGAGCCACUUCGAGACUGGUGAUCGUCGGAGUGGCAACCCAUCGAAUUCUCGCUCCAUAUCCCCCGCUGCGCAACCACCACCGGAAAUGGAUUGAUAACGCACUGAAUCAGCAGCCCGGCAAAAGUCUGGCCUUCCAGCUCCGUCGCCGAAAGAGGCAUCGUCGCCGCGUGAUGCGGUUUCGUUAGCAAGCGGGAGAGCGUUUUGCGUUAUCACGACACCAAGAACGUCACUCCGAGUCCGGAACGCGAGCGAGGAAGUGGAGUGAUAUACGAGAACUCAAUGAAAGAAGCAAGUGCUAUAAUUCCGGGGAGAAAUCCCACUUCCGGCGUUACGACGUUUUCCCGGAGUGAUUCCAGAACGUGCUAGAUUUUUAUAUAUG